AUGAACACAGCUUUGAACCUGGUUAUUUGUGGGAGGAGAGGAGGAGAGAAGACUUCAGCAGCUGAGGCCGUUUUGGGUCAGACAGGACUUCAAUCAGCCUCCAACUCAUCAGAGUGUGUUAAACAUCAGGGAGAGGUGAGCGGACGUCAGGUUUCCCUGGUGGAGCUUCCUGCCCUGUAUGGAAAACCUCAGGAGGAAGUGAUGAAGGAAUCACUCAGGUGUAUCUCUCUCUGUGAUCCUGAGGGUGUCCAUGCCUUCAUCCUGGUCCUACCUGUGGGUCCACUCACUGAUGAAGACAAGGGAGAGUUAAAGACCAUCCAGAACACCUUCAGCUCUCGGGUAAAUGAUUUCACCAUGAUCCUGUUCACUGUGGAGUCAGAUCCUACAUUUGCUAUUAACUUUUUAAGAUGUGACAGAGAUGUCCAGCAGCUCUGUCAGAGUUCUGGAGGACGAUAUGUUGUUCUCAACACCAAGGACCAGCAACAGAUCGCUGAAAUUUUGGAUUCUAUUGAUCAAAAAAGAUUCAUCAAGGACAAACCAUGCAGCUACACAAUAGAGAUGUUUGCCCAUGCCCAAAUAGAAAGGAUAAACACACUACAGGCUCAACUUAAGUCACUGAAAAGGAGCAGCAGCACAAGUGAUGAUGAGAAGCCCAGCCCAGAGAGUCUCAGGAUUGUGCUGAUAGGGAAAACUGGCUGUGGAAAGAGUUCUUCGGGAAACACCAUUCUUGGACGUAAAGAGUUCGAAGCCAAACUGGGCCAAGGAUCUGUCACCAAACGUUGUCAGAAAGAACACUGCAAGGUGGAUGGGCAUACAGUCACUGUGGUCGACACUCCUGGUCUGUUUGACAAUAGCUUGUCCCAUGAAGAGGUUUAUGAAGAGAUGAUGAAAUGCAUCAGUCUUCUGGCUCCAGGACCACAUGUCUUCCUGUUGGUGUUACAAAUCGGCAGAUUUACACCAGAGGAGAAAGAGACAUUAAAACAAAUCAGAAAAGGGUUUGGGAGGAAUGCUGACAAGUUCACCAUCAUUCUUCUUACUAGAGGAGAUUCAUUAAAGCAUGCAAACAUGUCCACUGAUGAAUACAUUGAAACAGGAUGUCUUGAUUCCUUUAAGAAACUGAUCGAUGACUGUGGAGGAAGAUACCACGUGUUUGAUAACUGUGAGGAACAAAACAGAACUCAAGUCAGUGAGCUGAUAACCAAGAUUGAAACAAUGGUAAAGGAAAAUGGAGGCAGCUGCUACACCAAUGAGAUGCUGCAAGAAGCUGAAUUUUCUAUAAAGAAAGAAAUGGAGAGACUCUUGAAGGAGAAGGAAGAAGAGAUGAUGAAAAUGACAGAGGAACUUCAAAGAAACCACAGAGAAGAAAUGAAAGUCAUGAAAAGAAGAAUGGAAGAACAAAGAGCAGAAACUGAAAAGCAGAGAAAGAUCAGGGAACAACUACUUGAGGAAAACAUCCAUAAAGAAAAAGAAAUGAGAAGGAAAGAACAGGAAAUAAGGGACGAAGAAGAAUGGAUAAGAAAGCAACAGGAUGAGAUUCAACGACAAGCUUGGAAAUGGAAACUUUCUGAUUUAGAGGAAAAGAUUAUGUCCAAAUCAGAGGAAAAAGAAACCAUUGACAGAAAGCUGGAAGAGACCAGAGAAGAAUGGAAGAAAGAAAAAGAUAACUGGGAGAAAAAACUUAAAGACUGGUGGGACGAUCGAUCACAAGAAAAUGAACAGAUAAGCAAUGGGGAACAAACCAAACUGAAAAAGCUCCAAGAGGAAUACGAAAAGGAGAAACAAGAGAAUGAAAAGAAAAGACAAGAAGAGGACCGAAUCAGAAGACAAGAGGAAAAUGAAAAAAAAUCCAUUGAGGAAAACUUUGAGGAGAAAAUGGAGAGUCUGAAGAAAAUGUACAAAGAGGAAGCCAGAAAGAAAGCUGAAGAAUUCAAUGAAUUCAAAAAGAAAUACAAAAAGAAAUAUUUAGCCCAGACACAGGAGCAUGACAAACAGAUAAAAGACAUCUUACAGUACCUUUCAGUCCACAGAGAAGAACUCGAGAGAAACCGUCAGGCUGAACUCUGCAAUGUGGUCAAAUUGCUCUAUACCUCCUUCCUGAGGGAAGUGGGGUGA